UAAACAAACGUGUGUUGCGAGCCACACUCCGGGUCGGUGUGUUAGGUGAAUCAGCCUAUAUUUCAGGUGCAACAGUAAGGAAAAGACUGAACAUUGAGGAAGUUAGUAAUGAAAAAGUAUUGCAAAAAUAUCAAAACUUUAGAAGUAAGCUUCCAUACAUUUUGUGAGUUUUUAAUGUGUAAGUUAUUUAAUUAAAAAGACUAUGCACCUUUAAAUCACUGAUACUGUAAAUACCCAUCGCAGGACAGAAUGUGUCUAUUUGGUAUUAAUGUACAAGGCCACCCGUCUCACGGCAAAAGAAAACAUUAUUCUCAGUGAAGUAUUUGGGUCACGAACAACACAAUGUAUAGUGAGCUGGGAUGCUGAGGACUGCAGUGAGAGGAGCUGUAAGGCAGCAGAGUGCCCUGCUGGCAUUACACUGGGAGAGGCCCUCCAGGUGUGCAGCUUCCACAGUCUUUGCACUCUCCUCAGGUCAAGGCAAGUGUGGUGUAGGUGUGGUGCGGGUAUCAGGAGAGCAAGCCAAUUAUGCACUUACUAGCAUGACCCACCCUGCUACCCUCCCACGGCCACGCACUGCCACUCUGCGCCGCAUUGUGCAUCCCACCACAGGAGAGGCUUUGGACCGUGGGCUGGUUUUGUGGUUCCCAGGACCCCACAGCUUUACAGGGGAGGACAGCUGUGAGUUGCACAUCCAUGGAGGGCCUGCUGUGAUUGCUGCUGUGCUGGCCGCCCUUGGCACUCUGCCAGGAUAUGUUCCAGCUCAACCUGGUGACUUCACCAAGAGAGCUUUCUACCAAGGGAAGCUUGAUCUCACCAGUGUGGAGGGGCUUGGUGACUUGAUCCAUGCUGAGACAGAGGCCCAGCGCAAACAGGCACUCCAGCAGAUGGAGGGAGCUCUAGCCCACUUGUACACCAGGUGGAGGCAGUCUUUGCUGCAGUGCCGGGCCAGUCUUGAAGCAUACAUUGACUUCAGUGAGGAUGAAAACAUAGAGGAAGGUGUGGUAGAGGAGGUGAUGGUUAAACUUCAGCAACUGGUUCAGGACUUGCAACACCACCUGGCAGACAGCCGGCGAGGGGAAAGGCUAAGGAGUGGACUACAACUGGCAAUCCUGGGACAGCCAAAUGUGGGCAAGAGCAGCCUCCUCAAUGCACUCACCCAGAGACCAACAGCUAUUGUCUCACCAAUACCAGGCACAACACGUGAUGUGGUACAGACUGUUGUUGAUCUUGGUGGUUACCCAGUUGUUCUCAGUGAUACUGCAGGACUGCGAAAUACUGAGGAUCCAGUGGAGUCUGAGGGUGUGUGCCGGGCACUGGCCAGAGCAAAUAAAGCAGAUUUAGCAAUUGUUGUACUUGAAGCCCCAGAAGUACUCUCAGCCAUAAAAAAUGAAACAUUCAAGUGGCAUGAGUACCUUAGGAGUCAUCUAAUUAGUUUGGAGAUCAUGAAAAAAGAUGAAACAAGUGAACAGUCUCCAGAGUGGAUAGAGAAUCAGUAUUUCCUCACAGUGAUAAAUAAAAUUGAUCUUAUUGAGGAGGAAAACAAAAUACUAAUACAAAAUGCCUUGGAAAAUUCAUGUUCUGUAAUGUCACUAAAAACACAAGAAGGAUUUCAUACAUUUUUAGAGAAAUUAACUGUCCUCUGUGGCUCUUUGUGUGACAUGGGAACAGCUGAGAAUCCAACACUCACAGCUGCACGACACAGGACUCACAUCUCCUCUUGUUUGGAAACACUUAAUCUUGUUCUUCAACCUAAUUACCAAGAACACAUGGAUCAUGUAGUACCUGAGAUGCAAGAAGACCAUAACUUGCUGCAAUCAGAGGACACAGUGGUAGUGGCGGCCCAUCUUCUACAGCGAGCAGCCACCAGCCUUGGGUAUGUCACAGGCCACAUCACUUCAGAAGAUGUAUUAGAUCAUAUAUUCUCAGCAUUUUGCAUUGGAAAAUAACAAAAAAUAAAUAAAUAAAUAAAUAAAUAAAAAUAAGAAGAAGAAGAAUUAAACUAAUCUUGUAUUCCUUGCAGAUUCAUAUAAGGUGCUUUAUUAUAUCAUACUCAAAUAAGGAUGAUGAAAUUUUAACUACUACAGUGUGAUUCAUUAAAGGCACGAUUUCCCA